AUGGAGGAGAAGGACAUUGAGAAGCAGGGCGGCGGCAGCGACCCUCCGCGCCAGCCCGCCACCGUAAACCCCGACUUCUAUCACAAGGACAAGGAGAUCGAGGUGCCUCCUCGCUCCUCCACGUCCUCCACCACAGCCGACCCCGAGGAGCUGCGCGAGGAGGCUCGCCGUAACAACCCCAAUGGCCUGAGCCGCGUCCAGACCGGCGUCUCGGUCGAGCAGGCCGAGGCCGACUUUGCGGAGCUGCAGCGAGAGCUGUCCAGCAUGUCUCGCGCCAGCCGCGUCAACAGCCGCAGCAGUCAUCGCCGGUCCAUAGCCGAUGCCGAGAAGGGCACCGGCGCCGCAGGAGUGGCCUCUGCCGCCUCCGAGUCCACAGAGGAUACUGAACAGUUCGAUCUCGAGGCCACCCUGCGCGGAGACCUGGCCGCCGAGCGGGAGGCCGGCAUCCGCCCCAAGCACAUCGGCGUGUACUGGGACGGCCUGACGGUCAAGGGCAUGGGCGGCGCCAAGAUCUUUGUCAAGACCUUCCCCGACGCCGUCGUCGACUUCUUCGACUACGUGACCCCGGUGAUGCGCUGGCUCGGCAUGGGCCCCAAGGGCGUCGAGAGGACGCUGCUCGACAACUUCAAGGGCGUCUGCCGCCCCGGCGAGAUGGUCCUCGUCCUGGGUAAGCCCGGGUCCGGCUGCACGACUUUUCUCAAGACCAUUGCCAACCAGCGGUACGGAUACACGGGCGUCGAGGGCGACGUCCUCUACGGUCCCUACACGGCCAAGGAGUUCAAGCAGUACCGUGGUGAGGCCGUCUACAACCAGGAAGACGAUGUGCACCACGCUACCCUGACCGUUGAGCAGACCCUCGACUUCGCCCUCGACACCAAGGUCGCCGGGAAGCUGCCCGCCGGCGUGGACAAGGCCAAAUUCAAGGAGUCCGUCAUCACCAUGAUGCUCAAGAUGUUCAACAUUGAGCACACCCGCAAGACUGUCGUCGGUGGCCACUUCGUCCGCGGUGUCUCUGGAGGCGAGAAGAAGCGUGUCAGUGUCGCCGAGAUGCUCUGCACCAACGCCUGCAUCCUGUCCUGGGACAACAGCACCCGCGGUCUCGACGCCUCCACCGCCCUCGACUUCGUCAAGUCGCUUCGCGUCCAGGCCAACCUGUACAAGACCACCACAUUUGUCUCUUUGUACCAGGCCUCCGAGAAUAUCUACAAGCUCUUCGACAAGGUCCUCGUCAUCGACGCCGGCCAGCAGGUCUACUUCGGUCCCGCCAAUGAGGCCCGCGGCUACUUCGAGGGUCUGGGCUUCGCCGCCCGCCCCCGCCAGACCACGCCCGACUACGUCACCGGCUGCACCGACGAGUUUGAGCGCGAGUAUGCCGCCGGCUACUCCGAGAAGAACGCGCCCCACGACUCAAUGUCGUUGCGCAAGGCCUUUGAGGAGUCGCGCUUCGCCGCCGACCUGGCCGCCGACAUGACAAAGUACAAGGAGGGCCUGGCGGAGGAAGAGCACAAGCACCAGGACUUCCAGGUCGCCGUCAAGGAGAGCAAGCAGCGCGGCGCCAAGCGCUCCGUCUACAACGUCCCCUUCCAGCGCCAGGUCUGGGCUCUCAUGAAGCGCCAGUUCAUCCUCAAGAUGCAGGACAAGACCGCCCUCAUCCUAUCCUGGCUGCGUUCCAUCGUCAUCGGUAUCGUCCUCGCCACCCUGUAUCUCCGUCUCGGUCAGACCUCCGCCAGCGCGUUCAGCAAGGGUGGUCUCAUGUUCGUCUCCCUGCUGUUCAACGCUUUCCAGGCCUUCUCCGAGCUGCCCAGCACCAUGUUGGGUCGUCCCAUCGUCAACAAGCACAAGGCGUUCGCGUUCCAUCGGCCUUCGGCGCUUUGGAUCGCCCAGAUCCUCGUCGACCAGGUCUUUGCCGUCUCGCAGAUCCUCAUCUUCUCCAUCAUCGUCUACUUCGCCGCCAAUCUCUACCGCAGCGCUGGUGCCUUCUUCAUCUUCUUCCUGAUGAUCUUCUCCACCAACGUUGCUAUGACGCUGUUCUUCCGCAUCAUUGGCUGUCUGAGUCCCGACUUUGAUUACGCUGUCAAGUUCACCGUCACUGCGAUCACGUUCUUCGUCGUCACGUCCGGGUAUCUGAUCCAGUACCAGUCUGAGAAGGUCUGGCUGCGCUGGAUCUACUACAUCAACGUGCUCGGCCUGGGCUUCAGCAGCAUGAUGGAGAACGAGUUCAUGCGCAUCGACAUGACGUGCACGGCCGAGUCGCUCAUCCCGCGCGGCCCCGAGUACAACGACAUCAACCACCAGGUCUGCACGCUGGCCGGUUCCAAGCCGGGCUCCCUCACCGUCUCCGGCUCCGACUACAUCGAGCAGGGCUUCUCGUACCGACCCAGCGAGCUCUGGCGCAACUGGGGCAUCAUCAUGGCCCUCAUCGUCUUCUUCCUCAUCAUGAACGUCGUCCUCGGCGAGUUUGUCAAAUACGGCAUGGGCGGCAACACGGCGACCAUCUUCAGUAAGCCCAACAAGGAGCGCAAGGAGCUCAACGAGAAGCUCAUCUCCAAGCGCGACGAGCGCCGCAAGACCAAGUCUGAGAUCGACAGCUCCGACCUCAACAUCACGUCUGAGGCCGUCCUGACCUGGGAAGACCUCAAGUACGACGUCCCCGUUCCCGGCGGCACUAGGCGGCUCCUCAACAGCGUCUACGGUUACGUCAAGCCGGGCCAGCUGACGGCGCUUAUGGGCGCCUCGGGCGCCGGCAAGACCACGCUCCUCGACGUCCUGGCCGCGCGCAAGACGGUCGGCGUCAUCACGGGCGACAUCCUCGUCGACGGCGUCAAGCCCGGCAAGCAGUUCCAGCGCAGCACCUCGUACGCCGAGCAGAUGGACAUGCACGACCCGUCGCAGACGGUCCGCGAGGCCUUCCGCUUCUCGGCCGACCUGCGCCAGCCCAUGAGCACGCCCCGCAGCGAAAAGUACGCCUACGUCGAGGAGAUCAUCGGCCUGCUCGAGCUCGAGGAGCUCGCCGACAGCAUCAUCGGCUCGCCCGAGGCCGGCCUCACCGUCGAGCAGCGCAAGCGCGUCACCAUCGGCGUCGAGCUCGCCGCCAAGCCCGAGCUGCUGCUCUUCCUCGACGAGCCCACCAGCGGCCUCGACUCGCAGUCGGCCUUCAACAUCGUCCGCUUCCUCAAGAAGCUCGCCGCCGCCGGCCAGGCCAUCCUGUGCACCAUCCACCAGCCCAACGCCGUCCUCUUCGAGAACUUUGACCGCCUGCUGCUCCUCAAGUCCGGCGGCCGCUGCGUCUACUUUGGCGACAUCGGCAAGGACGCCGUCGUCCUGCGCGAGUACCUCAAGCGCCACGGCGCCGAGGCCAAGGACAGCGACAACGUCGCCGAGUUCAUGCUCGAGGCCAUCGGCGCCGGCUCGUCGCCGCGCAUCGGCGGCCGCGACUGGGCCGACAUCUGGGAGGAGAGCUCCGAGCUCGCCAACGUCAAGGACACCAUCUCGCAGAUCAAGGAGCAGCGGCUCGCCGCCUCGCGCGCUGCCGACCCCUCCCUCCAGCGCGAGUACGCCUCGCCGCUGUCGCACCAGCUGCGCGUCGUCAUGAACCGCACCAACCUCGCCUUCUGGCGCUCGCCCAACUACCUCUUCACCCGCCUCUUCAACCACAUCGUCAUCGCCAUCCUGACCGGGCUGACGUACCUCAACCUCGACGAGUCGCGCUCCUCGCUGCAGUACAAGGUCUUCGUCAUGUUCCAGGUCACCGUGCUGCCGGCGCUCGUCAUCUCCCAGGUCGAGGUUAUGUACCACAUCAAGCGCUCCAUUUUCUUCCGCGAAUCCUCGUCCAAGAUGUACAGCCCCUUCACCUUCGCCGUUUCCAUGGUCCUCGCCGAGAUGCCCUACUCGCUGCUCUGCGCCGUCUGUUUCUUCCUGCCGCUCUACUACAUGCCCGGCUUCCAGCACGAGUCGUCCCGCGCCGGCUACCAGUUCUUCAUCGUCCUCAUCACCGAGCUCUUCUCCGUCACCCUGGGCCAGGGCCUCGCCGCCCUGACCCCCUCGACCUUCAUCUCGUCCCAGUUCGACCCCUUUAUCAUGAUCACCUUUGCCCUCUUCUGCGGCGUCACCAUCCCCUCGGUCCAGAUGCCCAAGUUCUGGCGCUCCUGGCUCUUCCAGCUCGACCCCUUCACCCGCCUCAUCGCCGGCAUGGUCACCACCGCCCUGCACCAGCUGCCCGUCAUCUGCCAGCCGCAGGAGCUCAACCGCUUCGUUGCCCCCGCCGGCACUACCUGCGGCGAGUACAUGGCGCCGUUCUUCGACCGCGGCGGCGCGGGCUACCUCGUCGACAACUCGACGAGCGACUGCGCCUACUGCGCGUACAUCGUCGGCGACCAGUUCUACGAGCCCCUGGGCUUCUCGUUCGAUAACCGCUGGAGGGAUCUGGGUAUUUUCCUUUGCUUCGUUGCUAGCAACAUCAUCAUCAUCUUUACGGCUUCUCGCUUCCUGAACUUCAACAGGAGUCGCUGCAAUGGAGUCGGACAGGGAAGGGAGAAGGAGAAGAACGAGUGGCAUAGCGCAAUAUCGAAGCUAGACCGCACAGUCUUCGAGCCUGUGAAGGCACCGUUCGCUGCCGCCGAUGACGAGAAGUGGCUCGGGCCUUGGUUAGAAUGA